GUAGUGAGAUCUGUGAGGGUGGCGGGCAAAUUACGACGCUGUCCAGUCUCCUCAACAAUUAUGUUACCACUUGGAAGUAAAGAGCUCUGUGAGCCUUGUGGAGAACUGGUGAGGCUGCGCAGUUACGUCGAAGAUUACGUCAUCUCUAUAGAAGUAGAGGAGAAGAUUAGGAGCCUCCUGAUCCUCUCUGUCGCCAUCGGCAGCGAUGUAUGA